AGAUUACUAGUCAUAUGAGCUCGAUGGUCUCAGUGUUCUCCUUCUUGACAUCCACUCACAAACGGCCAUUGUGAAUUUGACCACUGAAAUCUGAUUCUUUUUCUUUUCAACUUGAAAGCAACGUUUUUAAUCACCACAUCUCAAACCCAAGUGGACAUGAGGAUUUGAGGAGGUUGGAGGUGGCUUUGCAGCGCUGUCAGGACAGGUCACUUGCCUCCAGUCUGUAAAAAUCGCAGGUUUGUGAAAUGUCAUCUUCCGUUUCAUGCCAUCCAGGCCUGCAUGCUUAACACCCGAUAGCCACCCUGAGAGGAUUUCAGCAGAAUUGGAAAGACCGGCUGGCAGCUGCUCUGAAGAGGCGGUGAAUGGUUGGCACACCAAGCCCGGUGACUUCUCUGAAACAUAUGGGAGUUUCAAGAGGACGGGGGUCUGGGAUCACCAAAGACUGAAACGCAAUCUCCCAAUUUCAGUGACUCAGCGAGCCUGUUACACGACCAGCUUCAGGGUUACAAGAUGACAAUGGCAUCUAUCAAGUCCGUCCUCGGCGAGGCUGGACACUGAAACUAUGCGUGACCACCGAGCCUCACCUUGAAGAUUGAAUGAGCAUGUUUGGCUCAGUACAUAUUCGUCUGAAUCCCCACCUUGUCGCAACAGGUUAGGCACCUGGCCUCCCUCAAAUGCACUUACAGCGCGCGGCUUUAACUUUACUCUUCUCCCGGCACUGCGAUUUUCAUUCACGUCUCCGACCAUGGUGGAGCACAGCGGCCUGGAUAUUAUGUGUCUGAACAACUACUGUCAUAGUUCCUCCUCGUCGUCCAGCUCCGAGCACGACAAGAAGAUUUUCUCCAAACUAAAACUCAGUUUGUCAGGUGACUAUCCAAGGAAGAACGCAGAGAUCCUCAGCGGACAGUACGGGGCCAAUGUGCUGCUGAUCGGUGCCGCGUUGAUGCUCGCUAUUGCGCACCAUGGCCCCUCUGUCAAGGAAGAGCACCUGCUGUCUUUUGUCACCUGCCUCAUGAUCCUCCAGCUGAUCUGGAUGAUGUGGUACAUUCUGGUGCGGGACAGACAGAAGAACACGCGGACCGAGAAAGAUGUCCACGCCACCACAUGCUGGAUAAGAGGUGGUUUGACUCUCCUUGCACUCCUUUCACUGAUUAUGGACGCUUUCCGAAUUGGGUAUUAUGUUGGAUAUCAGUCUUGUGUGUCGGCUGUGCUCGGGGUGUAUCCUGUUAUCCAUGCAACUCACACCAUAGCACAGGUGCAGUUUCUCUGGUUUCACAUCAAGGAUGUCAUCAAGAGCUUUGAAACAUUUGAGAGAUUUGGUGUAAUCCAUGCAGUCUUUACCAACCUACUCCUGUGGUGCAACGGUGUGAUGUCUGAGGCCGAGCACUUCUUGAACAACCAUAGAAGAGUCUCUGCCCUGGGCUACGGAAACCUUACUAUAGUGCACUCAGAGCCUCUCUGUAACUGCACCACCAGCACUUGCUCCGUAUUCUCCAGCAGCCUCUACUAUCUCUACCCCUUCAACAUUGAGUACCACAUCUUUGUCUCUGCCAUACUCUUCGUCAUGUGGAAGAACAUCGGACGGACCAUUGACCUUUCUUCAAACCGGAAAAGGCUGGCUACCAAAACCCAGGGCCUGACCUUAGGACCCAUUCUGGGUCUGCUUGCACUGGCCAGCACUAUCGGGAUCCUGGUGGUCUACAUCACCCAUGUUGAGGAAUCAUUCCAAAUGCGUCAGUCAGCCAUUUCCAUGUUCUAUAUUUACGGCAUCGUCAUGCUGGUGAUGAUGUGCUCUGCCGGUGCAUCAGGUCUGCUCAUAUACCGAGCGGAUCACAUGCCGCUGGACACCUCCAAGAACCCGUCCAGACAACUGGACACAGAGCUGCUGUUUGGGUCCUCUAUCAGCUCCUGGCUCAUGUCGUGGUGCAGCAUAGUGGCUGUAAUAGGUUCCAACAGCAGUCCUCCUUACCGCUGGACCAACCUCAUUUACUCUCUGCUUAUUGUGCUGGAGAAGUACAUCCAGAACCUCUUCAUCAUAGAGUCCCUAUAUCGGCAGCAAGAGGAUGGAGAGAGGAAGGACCCCGAGUUACCAGCCGCUCCAGAAAUCUUCUCGGUGACGUCCUCUUUGGCCCCGCCUUACAACGGCAUCAUCAACCGAGCCUAUGAGACUCCAGACAGGGCCUGUGUCACCAUGGAGAACGAGCAGGAGGAGAGCGGACAGGUGUACAGAUGUCCGAGGAAACGUUCUGAGGUGCCGCUGCCUGUGGGAAACAAAGUAGUGGAGCCCCGAAAUAUAAAGAGGCAAAUCCUGAAGAACAUCGCUGUCUUCUUGCUAAUGUGCAACAUUUCGCUGUGGCUCCUUCCUGCCUUUGGCUGCCGGCCACAGUACGAAAACGGGUUGGAAGAGGAGACAUUUGGCUUCAGCAUAUGGACCACAGUUCUCAAUUUUGCCAUUCCUUUAAAUCUUUUCUACCGCAUGCACUCAGUUGCCUCCCUCUUCGAGGUGUUCCGCCGGGUCUGACAGAAUAGCAGAUGACUGACAAUGCCAGAUAACAUGGACAAGAACACUUGUCACCACCGGCUCCCAAGAGUGUCUCACAGCACAGGUCAACCGUUCAGGUGGCAGUCUGGGUCACACUUCAUCAGACUUGAAAGCAAGCCAUGGAGACAAACAAAACAUAGAUCCCUCAGUGUGGGGAUUACAGAGGAAGACGAACCUAUUAGCCUAGUUCCUUGAAGAAUUACCUUGUAUAACGCAAGGCUUAUUAAAGAUGGUGGUGAAAAGAACCUUUGGUUUCAAGAAUUUCAAAGGGGCCCUUUUUGUUCUGUAGUCAGUUUUGUACUGUUUCAUAUUAGUAACUGAAAGUAUAUAAUAGACUACUCACAAAAUACUACAGCUAAGCUGCAGAAACACCUGUUAAAUAUCUAAUAAGGUAAUAGUACUGUAUUAAACAGAGCCACAAGUGCAUUGGUGUACCACUUGAUCCAUAUUUUAUCUGCAUGUGAAAUGUUCAUACUGUAUAUGGAUAUGGUUCUCAUUUAUGUCUCUUAGUAGUCCAAGGAGUUUAAUGGAACGGUCAGCAAUACUUGAGCUACAAAGAUAGUGACAAUCUUAGCACUAUAUUUUGAAUAAUCUUUAUGAGUUGGACUAGAGUUCUCAGAAGUAGCACCUGCCUCUCUCAGUCAUUUAAAGAUCCAGAGUCUAGGAUUUAGCGUUGAAAUUGCAGUUUGCAACCAUUUGAAUGCCGCUGGGAUCAUCCUCCUGUUCCAAGCCUGUAGGAGCAACUACGGUGGCCGCAAAACUUGCGAGAAACAUGAAAGGCCCAAUCUAGAACCAGUGUUUGGUUUGUCCGUUCUGGGCUACUGUAGAAAAAUGGCGGUGCAACAUGGCGACCUCCGUGGAAGGGGACC